AUGUCGCUGCGAGAGUCAAACGGGACAACUUCCUCAAAAUUAACUUUGCUUGGGGAAAUCUGGUAUCUCCUAAAGACAUGGUACAGCCCGGAGGAGAUCAUGGGACAUCUCGUCCUCAUACACUGUCGUGAAGAUGCCGACGUUGUGGACAAGCUGAAUAGCCCGCCUUUCUUUGAUCUGGUCAGGCAGUUAGCAACCCUUUUUCUUCAGCUCCAAUCCCAGCUUCAGACAGAAAAGAAAGACACCAGUACCUCCCAAAUUCUGUCUCUUCCAAGCUACAAAUCACUCAAGCAGACGAUAACAAUUUUGGUUGAGAGGUUGCGAACCCUACUCUUGACGCCAACAGCCGAGUUCGAAGACGACCUCCCAGUGCAGAACCUUCUGGUGAUGACCAUUCUGGCUGGCUUCCAAAUCCUUCGCCGCUACUCGGAUGCGCAUGACCUACCCGAUGCACGGUGCACCUCACUAUUGAGAGAGGUUGUAACCAGUAAAAAAUGCUUAGGACGAUUAUUGUUUGACGAGACGACGAUGCUGCGGAUCUCUCUGGAGUUGGUCAUGGAUCCUCCGUCGGGGAAUCAGCUCAGUUGCUUAUGCGACGCGGGAGUCGGAUUGUCUCCAGUCGACACAGCGUCUCUAUUGAAGGCUGUGAAAAGAUUGGUCAAAGAGUUUCAGGAUAAUUGGCUGGCGAGCUACUGCGCUAUUUACGAUAUCAUACACAGCAUAGCUAUCAGCAUCAUACAUUGCCAGGCACAUGAUAUAAACGAUCUACAAGACCUAUCCGAACUAUGCGAGGAAAUCUUGAAUCACCUCCAGAUAGCUCCUACACCCUACGGUGACGGUAGAGGGGACGUGAUAAGUUUAAAAAUCGAUUCUCUGAAUAGCCUUGCAAACAUAUUGAGAACCAUACAAUCUGAACUAUGCGAGACAACACCGCAGCCACAAAGCGACGAGGGCGACGUAAUUCUCCAAUCGCCAGGAGAGGUACUAGAGUUGCAAUCUCUCCAGCGAUUCCGAGAUCUUCUUUCCUAUCGCAAGGACGACGUGUUUCAUCAGGACCUGAAAGCUCAUGUAACGAUUUCUAACUUUAUUAUGGCCGAUAAUACCCACACAGAAGACUCGAGCUCAGGCGUUGCAGAUAUGCAGAGACUUUAUUCUGUGAAUUGUAUUAACUCUCACCAGCACAAAGAAAGCGCGAUAUCUUCUAUCCUCAAAAAGAAUCGCGUUGGACCAGAUUCCAAACAUUUCAACGGACUCGCUCUCUCAGAUCUAGAAAAUUGUCCGAAAUGUUUUAGGACUUUUAACUAUCUACGUGAGGUUGAGCCUGUGCGAAAAUUGGUUGAUCAGGCAAGAGAGCAGAAGAUGGAGAAAGAAACCUGGGAGAAAGAGUAUCUUGACAGACGUAAGGUUACCAAGCCGAAUGCCACCAAGGUAUCAACGAAUGAUAGUGCGUCCACCACUGGUUUAGCCAACCACUCCACACCGGCCAGAUCCCCCAUUAGUGAUAUGCCCAGCGGUCCCAACCAUGUAUCAGCGGAGUGCGAGCUACUUUUCAGUAGGCCUAGCCCGUUCAGCCAGAAAAGGAAGAUCUUCGGCAAGUUCUCGAAAUGUAUAGGACGGAUGUUCAAGUUAGGACAGACGAAAAGGUCAGGAGAGAAGAGAUCAACGGGUAUUUGGGAAAAUGGUGACACGAUACCGACGGCAAUCACCGAACGCCCUCAACGUUCGUUUGGCCUUCUGCGCUCCAGGACUUGA